AUGGCGCUCGAAUGCCACGCAGAAUGCUCCAGCGCCGUCGCCAAACGCUCUCGUGCCCGUCGAUCAAUAGGCAACCGGAAGCUCAAAACGGCGUGGACGUCGGCUCUCCUCAUACUAGCAACUUCAACAGGCGCUGAUGCCCUCUUUGGUAUUGGAGAAAAGCGCUUCAAGUAUGAAGGACUCAUCAAUGCCGGAAGCCUCGGUCUCGACCAGAUCAACGGACAAAUAGCCACAUGGGGCGACUGGAACGGCGACCAGUUUCUCGACGCCAUCGUGGUAGAUGCGGAUCGCUCGACAGCAAGCAUACACGUAUGGGAUCACUCUGACUUCGGAUUCAAGCGCAGCCCGGCAGCUACAAUCCAGACAGCCGCCGGUCAAAAGAUCAGCAACGUGGUGGCAGCCGAUAUCAACUACGAUGGUCGACUCGAUCUUCUCGUUAUGUCCCAAAACCCCGCCAGCACCUCCAAGGAGCUCUCCAUGCAGGUCUUCUUGGGUGAAGAAGAUGGAUCGGGAUUCAAGACGACGCCACUGUCGUCGCCAUCAUCUACGCUAGCCCAGCCCAUCUCGAUCGAUGCCUCGGGUGACAUGCAGAUGGAUUUGCUUGGAAUCCCCUUCUCGGACACCCCCGCAGCGGGAAGGAACGCCUCCGAUCUCAAGAUCUGGCGCAACCUUCUCGUGGACCUCUCCAACUCUACAGAGGCCUUCGAUAUUGCCGACGCACCGCUGCUCAACGCCGACGCCGCGCCCGCAUGCAAGCUGGCGAAUCCCCACAGCUCCGCCUUUGUCGACCUCAACGGCGACUGUCUGGCAGACCUCUUCCUCGUCUGCUCCGAAGAGUCUUUCCUCAGCUCCAAGCUCACGUACCAGAUCUGGACAGCGGUGAAGCCCAACUCCAAGGGCGAGGGUUCUGGCUUCAAGCUUGCUUCGUCCGGCGACCUGCCCCCGGGCACAGGAGCGCUGAGCUUCGGCGACGUUGACCGCGACGGAACAAUCGAUGUCAUCUUCCCCACCUGCGAUAGAAGCGGCGACAACUGCGUCGUUAAUGUCGCCUUCAACCGACAGAUUCCACUCUGCUCACCGCGCAUCGAUGGCUUCUUCGGAGGCGGUCCCGGUUUCGGCUCCUUGUCCACCGGAAAGAAAGCUUCCGGGGCUGAAGCAAACGCCACUGAUGCGACUCAGGCAAAGAGGAAAGCGGAGCGCCCAUGUCGCGAAGCAGAAGACCUUUGCGUCGCCGAUGACAGCUUCCGCAUCGACUUUACUGUUAGCAAGUCCAACGCCGAUCUGCUGCGUGUUCCGCUCGAUAAGCUGACGGGUGACAGCCGGCUGCUGUCCAGCGACGCGCUCGCGCCAUCGUUCCUCAACCUGCCUAACGCGCUGCACCUGGGCGACUACAACAAGGACGGCUAUCCGGACCUCGUCGUGGUCACCAUCCCCGAUCGCACCGCGGCGGGCGGACGAAACAAUGUGCGCGGCAACGGCGAGACGCGCGCGCACAUCCUGCGCAACCUCGAGUGCAGCAAAGUGCCCGCGAGCGAAAAGGCGGACCUCGGGUGCGUUGCCGACCGGUCCGAGGGACGCACGUUCAUCAAGGUCACCGCCGGCGCCAACUCGCUCGAGGUGCUCCGGGACGUGCGCAGCGCGAGCUGGAUCGACAUCGACGAGGACGGCACGCUGGAUCUGGUGCUGCAGCGCACCCCCUCCGUCUCGGACGGCAUGGACUCGAGCCGCCGCAUCACGUUUGUGCACAACAACUACUUCCACGACUCGUUCUUCCUCAAGGCGCUCACGCUCAACGGCGCCUGUCAGGGAUUCUGCGAGCCCAAGAACGCACCCAAGUUCCAGCCCUGGGGCACCAACUACGGCGGUGCUUCGUACAAGUUUACCGUACUGGACCCGAAUGGGGUGCGUCGGGCGCAGCAGGUGGGGCAGCUUCCGCAGACUGCGUAUCGCUCGCUGCUGACGCCGUACAGCUACUUUGGCCUGGGCAGGACGAACAACUACGUCGAGUCGCUCUUUAUCGGCUCGACGCGGCGGCAGAAGGAGCACUUCCUGGCGGUGGAGGGCGUGAUUCCCAACAGCCAGGUGGUCAUCAAUCCGUGGCAGGGCGGACGCGGCAGUGAGAACGAGCGCGGCGGUCCCGGCACGUGGACCAAGCAGCUGUACCUGCAUCCGGGCGACUGGAUCCCCUGGGUGACCGUGGUGCUCAUCACCACCAUCGUCGGGCUGGCGGUCAUCGUGGUGGUGCUGCACAUCAACGAGCGCCGCGAAGACGAACGCGAGCGUAAACGCGCCGUCAACGCCAUCAACUUUGACGCUCUGUAG